AUGGUUGGAUUGUCCGAUCUAUUUAUGAGAUUAACAGAUUGGCUUAUUUCCCCACACUCUGAAUUGAUAGUUAUGUCGCUCGAUGGGAUGGCUGGCAUUGGUAAGACUACUAUUGCCAAGAAACUAUUUCAAGAUCCGUUCAUUGUGAGUCAUUAUAGCAGGCUUGUGUUCGUGACAAUAGGCCCUAAAUAUCGAUUAGCGGACAUCUUGGUGGAAAUUCUCACACAAUUGAAUAAUGCUGACAUUGAUGAAAUAAUAUGGCUUACGAAAGGAGAAGAAUUAUUACAUGAGCUGAAAUGGAAGGUGUGCGAAAGUUUAAGUGAAUUGAGAUACUUGAUCGUGUUGGAUGAUGUAUGGUACACGGAUCUCUGUUAUGAGUUCGCCAACGUAUUUCCAGACGACAAAAAUGGAAGUGUAGCAUUACUGACUACUAGGCUAUCAGAAGUAAGUAAAUGUGUCCACCCUUUGAAUUCUCACAGACUACCCUUCCUUGAUAAGAAAGAAAGUUGGGAACUUCUUCGUCACAAGGUGUUUGAUGCAAUGCCUUGCCCUCGUGAACUCGAGAAAUCUGGAAAGAAGAUUGCGGAGAAUUGUGAAGGUCUUCCACUUAAAAUAGUUACAGUUGCCCACAUCCUUUCCAAAACUGACAAGACUUCGGUGUACUGGUACCAGGUAGCUAAUGAUAAACAAAAUUCGGUUUACAAGGAUGCAUAUGAUCAAAUGUCCAAUGUACUAUAUCCAAGCUAUGACUAUUUACCUCAACAUUUGAAAGCAUGCUUUCUCUACUUAGGAGCUUUCCCACAAGAUUAUACGGCGUGGAGGCGCCAACUGAUCGACUUGUGGAGUGCUGAAGGAUUUCUUAACCGAAAAUCAACCAUGACUUCAACUGAGUAUACGUUUGCUUAUGUAGGAGCGUUUCUUUCAAAUAAUGUUAUCAUCUACAAUGAAGAAAAGUUUAUAUAUCACCUUCAUUCAUCAUUUUGGUACCUGUGUAACAAAGAAGCUGCCAAGAAUAAGUUUUUCUAUGCAUUCAAUUGUCUUGCCGAUGCUCUACCAAAAGAAGGUAUCAACUACCAGCUGCGCCGAUUGUGCAUCCGAAAUAAUGUUCUACUUGCCAUUGAAGAUGCGCACGAUUCAAUUGCAUCUGCUUCAACGGUACGCUCUCUCCUAUGUACCGGUCCAUAUCAUCAAUAUCCUGUACCAUUUUGUUUGGAACAAUUAAGGUUGCUCAGGGUAUUGGAAGCUCUUUCUAUUAAAUCCUAUGAGUUCCCAAUGGAAGUGUUGAAACUAUUGCAGCUAAGAUACCUCGCCCUCACUUACGAUGGAAACCUCCCUACUUUCAUUUCCAAACUAUUCAACCUUCAGUACUUGAUUGUUCAUCAUCAGUACCGGAUCGUAAAAUCUGUUGGGAAUCCAUAUUAUCUGCCUAUUGAGAUAUGGAAUAUGAAAGAAUUGAAGUGUCUCGAGAUCCGGGGAAGAGACCUACCACAUCCUUGUGAAGGAUCCCUCCUAUCAAACCUCACAACUCUAACUGGUGUCGGUCCUCAAAGUUACUUGCCAUCAAGUCUUACAAAGUUAACCUUGAGCGGCUUAGGAUAUCCGUGGGAAGAAAUGAGAAAGAUUUCUUCAUUGCCAAAUCUUACAGACCUGGUAUUGCAAUGCUAUGCCUUUCGAGGCCCGAAGUGGGAGGUUCACGACCACGAAUUCCAAAAGCUUUCACAUUUUCAAAUUGAAGACACCGAUCUUGUGCACUGGAAGUUUGUGACAACAAAUUUCUGCUUCCCUGCUAUUAAGGUUCUUGGCAUCGAACAUUGCUACAAGUUAAAAGAGAUCCCUCUCACAUUCGGUACAUCUCUUGAAAAUAUUUAUUUAGUUGACUGCAACCCUAUGGUUGUGAAUUGGGCAAACAGUUUAAAAGAGGAGUGGGACGACAAAUAUGGCGGUCAUGGACGUCGAUUAUACGUUAUUGUUCGUUCUUCAUUGUACUGA